AUGGAAAACACAACAACAUUUACAGGAAAGAAUUCUGAGAAGCGAAGGAAAAGUUCAGCCUCUAGGGAUGAGCCUGAGAUUGAAGUGAUUGACUUUAAAGAAAUCUUGCAGGUUAAGGAUGACCAGCAGGUGGAGAAGUAUGUGUCCCACGUGCUUGUCGGAUCGCUUAUAGAUCACAUGGUUUUUAAGAUGUGCAUCUUGGGUUUGAUUAUUGGGAACUCCAUUAUGAUUGCUUGCCAGACCAACCCAUCCAUUGCCGAGACCUAUGAUACUGUGUUCAGUGUGUUUGAGCACAUGGUCCUCACAGUGUUUAUCUGGGAGAUUCUUGUGAAAUGGUACUAUGGGUUUUAUAUCUUCUGGAAGGAUGGCUGGAACAUCCUGGACUUUCUAAUCGUCCUGUCCCUGGUUCUGGGGCCUGCUGUUCAGGCUUUUAUGAGCAGUAAGGUGUUCAGGAUUCUUAGGGUGCUGAGAGUGAUCAGCAGCAUUCGGGGCCUCGCUGCCCUGCGUGGCAUCGCUAUGAUGGUCCAGGUCAUCUUACAGUCCAUCCCAGACAUGGCUAACAUCUUCCUGCUCCUGGUCAUUUUCAUGCUGGUGUUUGCUGUGUUUGGUGUGACGUUGUUCGGGGCCGAUGUCCCGCAGUCCUUCGGAGACCUGGCCACAGCCAUGUAUUCCCUCUUCAUCUGCAUCACUCAAGAUGGCUGGAUGACAAUCUAUAAAGAUUUUCAGUACGGAUUACAGAUCAAAGCCGAAGGUGAAGGCCUCAAGUAUGGGGCUGCUGUCUAUUUCUUUGUCUUUCUGACGGGAGGGGCAUUUAUCUUUGCCAACCUGCUGGUUGCCGUGGUGACAACGAAUCUGGAGCUGGCAAUGACAGAGUAUGAGGACGUGACAGACGACAAGGGAGCAGCACAAGCCUCAACAGAGAAACCCGAAGAGGACCUUGUGAAAGAUCUGGAAGUGGUGCAUGUGGAGCAGGUGAUAAGGGAGACCACUAUGACCUGUUGGCAGAAGCCCCACAGGUUUAGCUCCCUGGAGAACCUCACCAUUGUGUCAUUCGAGCAGUUCUGCAUCGUGCUGGAGGCCAUACAAAAGAACAGGAGGGACUACAGGAUAAUCCGACAGGAGCUGGAUGGCAUUGUUGAAGAGGUCCGCGGGAUCCUGUUCAACCGGGAGCAGGAGCAGGAGGUCAUCAUGCGCAACAAGCAGGUGCCGAUGCUCAAUGAGAACCUCCUGAUGAAUGAAAUCGCUUCUGGGAAGACCGGGGACAUGCUCUCCACGCUCAUGAUGCUGGAGAAGGCCAACAUGAUCGACUCCGGGGGGGCGUCUCCGAGCCUCUACCAGAAGGGCACAGUCCUCCAGUCUGUGAUGAAAGUGAAACGGAUGUCAAUGUAG